AUGCGCGUGACGGGUGCAGCCCACGGCAUGGGCAAGGAAAUGGCGCUGAAACUCAGCGAACAAGGUGCCAUCGUCGUCUGCUGGGACAUCAGCCAAGACGGGCUGAACGAGACCGUGAAGGAGAUCGAAGAAGGCGGCGGGAAGGCGGUCGGGGACGUGGUGGACGUCUCGGACCGGGAGCAAGUCCUCGCGGCGGCGCAGCGGGUCAGGGAUCAGGUCGGGGACGUCACGAUGCUCUUCAACAACGCGGGGAUCAUCUCGUGCAAGCCGUUGCUGCAGCACUCGCAUAAGGAGUUGCACCGUAUAUUCAACGUCAACGUCUUCUCCCAGUUCUACACAUUGGAGGCAUUCCUGCCGCAAAUGCUGGAAAUGAAGAAGGGUCACGUGAUCGCCAUGUCCUCCGCAGCCGGCGUCCAAGGCGCAGCCUUCAUCGUCCCCUACUCCUCCUCCAAGUUCGCCGUCACCGGUCUGAUGGACAGCCUUCACGAGGAGGUCCGCUACAGCCAUUCCAACAGUAACGUGAAGUUCACCACCGUCCAUCCAUUCAUCGUCAGCACGGGACUCGUCCAGGCACCCCGCAUCAGAUUCAAUAGCUUGACUCCCAUCACGUCGCCGAAGAAAGCAGUGGAGACGAUCAUCGAUGGGGUCCUCCGCGAUAGAGAAGUCAUCUUCGUUCCUUCAUACGGGGAAAUCCUAUACCGAGUGGCCAAGUGGGUCAUCCUGAAUUCAUCUUAA